UGUCACCUACAAUGUAAAUUCAGUUUUUGUUUUUCAAUAGUCUGUCCUUUUGUUUUCUCUGCUUAUUUCCUGAAUACAAUUACUAGAGUUUACAUCUUUUUUUUUUUUAAACCCCUCUCAAAUUAGGAGUAUCCACACUUCCCCUUCAUGGUGACUCGAACCCAAGACCUAACGGUCGUAGGUGGAGGUGCUUUUACCAACUGAGCAAGACUCAGUUGUCCUAAAGUUUACAUCUUAUGUUUAUUUCAGGUUAAGAGAUGAGCAUUUUCUUUCUUAAGGCUACUUUAAGCUUUCCUUUCUAAAAAGGAUAGUUUCUACGAGAUGGACAUCUUAAGAGUGUGCAAAAUUGUCGCAGCACGUGCAAAUAAGAGAUUAGGGAACAUUUUAUGCAAAAUGUACAUAAAAUGCUCCAAACCUAUGUGAAAAUCUAGGUCUGCAUCCAUUUAAAUUUUUGAUAGGAUGAUUUUGGUUGUUGUGCUUUUAGUAAAAUAUGUAGGAUUGUCAUUGCUGGAAAUAAUGCAGCAUAGUGCCAAAAAGUUAAGAUACUAUCCAAAUGUCCGUUUGAUUUUUUUUGAACGUUAUAUGUACUGUCUUAUUUUUCUAAACAUAUAGACACUACAUCGUCCAUUCACUUCUAUCUCUUGUAUUUGUAACCUAAAUUCUUGUAAGUAGCUAGACUCUAGAAUUUGAUUGCAUGUGUUCUUGUUUUUGGUCUUGUGGAAAUGCGAUCAGAGCUUGGAUACUGGCACCAAGUUGGUUGAAAGAAAGUGUCCGGACUGGCAAAUUUAUAGAUGAAAUGCCAUUUAUUUUGAGGGAUGAAGACUACGAACUGAAGUACAGAACUAAGCUUAAAGGGGCAGUUCUUAGAGCAAAAACAUACCCCCAAGCUCUGCUCAAGGGGUAUGACAUAUGUCUUGCAGCUCAUGUUCAUCCUCCAGUUGGUACCUUAUCAGCCAUUGUAAAAUCUGCAGGAGGAAAUGUUAUACAUGGACUAGAUCAAGUGAAAGACUAUUCUAAAACGAUAUUCGUUGCAUGUGAAGAAGACAUGGAUGAAGCACUGUCAGCGGUGAAGAAGGGAAUAUGGACUUUCAGCAGUGACUGGUUUAUGAACUGCAUAAUGAAACAAGAGCUUGACUUAGGAGCUCCUCAAUUUGCAGAGUCCCUCUAAUGCACAGAUAGAAUAUGAGCAAAGUGAUGUGAUAGAAUAUGAGCAAAGUGAUGUGAUAAAAGAGAACUCGCAGAGGGAACAUUUUACUUUUGGAGUAAGUAAAAAUAUAUCGUUUGACAUGCCCG